CAAGAUGGCGGCGUUUACUUUGGUCUUUGCGCUGUCUCUGUUGUUUAUGGCAGGAGUUGCAAACACAUGUGAAGUCGUUGAUGGUGUGGAAUGCAGCGUUGUGGGCGCCACAGUGAAAGACGGUCUGCCUAAAAGCGUGUCAGGUAACUGUUUCACCUGUAUUUGCAUCAAGUACAAUCGUGCCACCGCUGUCCAGUGCUGCUCAAAUGCUCUUAUGCCAACAGGCUACGACGAAUCCAAGUGUGAGUUAAUACUGAACGAGAAAACUUGCAUGUACGCAGUGCACGAGGUGGAGUCGCCGCACAAUGGCUGUCCCUUCACGGGCUACUUCUUUCCUACCUAAGCCAGCAUUUGAGUUCGAUGGACAACGCGACGGAGUUAAUUCUCACCAGAGAUAUUUUCAAAUAGACAACCACAAACCGACGUUUCCAUUGAACAAAAUCCACAUCAAUAAAAUUGAUUCUGUAAGAUCGGGUCGCCAGUAGUUAACAAAUCAAGAAUCUACAAAAUAAUAGUUUGAAAUUAUCGGUUAAUAGCUUUGACAUGGUAACUGAUUUGCAAAGUAAAAGUAUACAGUGGAGGUAUACUCGUAAGAAUAGACUGACAAGUACAUGUACAAAAGCCCAUUGCUAAAAUUAUUCCAACUUUCCUGACCCCUAACCCCAAUUUCCAUUAUCCGACCCCACGAAUGCUGGUCACGAUAUUUACGUUUUGGACCAUGAGCAAUUGAUCUAGCCUAUUUGCCGACAUUAAAUUUUUGCCUCUAAU